CGCACCUGCUCGUCGGGAGGUCGCGCGCGCGCCAAUUCAUCGGUGCUACUCGGUCGCUGGCUACGCUGAGCGCUUUUCGCGCUGAUCUGAUUUACGCGUCGGCAGCGUGUGCUUAGCGUUGUUCGCACAUUGCCAACCGACGAGCCGGCGUGACGUAUACUGCCACAGAGCGAUACCGCGAAGCACGUGGCCCUGCGAUCAGAUCUUCUGUGUGUACCCUGCGGCUAGGCUCUGACCUGAACAAACUUUUAAGUGACUGCUUCGAACAUCGUGCUCCAGCUGGUUGCUUCCAUUCUACGAAGUAGCUUACCCUGUUGCAAUGUGACCAGUGUUUUGAGGCGAACGCUAGUUUGUUCUAAUGAAUUGCAACACUGGACUAAAAAGACAGUUUGACUGUGAUAAAGAAGUGCUCAGGUGUGCUAACUAGCAAUAUCUGUGUUAUCAGCUUGCUGCGGCAGCAUCUGUCUGAUGAAGCUACAGAAAUCAAGCUAGACAGCGGCCAACCCUUCGAAAUAAACAUAGGAAAUUGUUCCUAGCGCAUGAUUGUACGUACCUAGGUUUCGACUGCCAGCGACUUUGUUGAACGAUGUUUCGAUUGGGGCGCCUCUCCGUAUAUCGUCAAGUUUGCUCCAAAGUUUCCGCCAUCUGCCUUUUAAGAAUCGUAGCGUUGUUUUCAGCGCCUUCAUGCUGUGGAAGCCGUUCCCCUAAAUGAUUUUGAAAUUGACGAGUGUUUCCAAGUCAAACUUCCUGGAAGCUCAGCGAUACUCUGUGACAUCAUUGGCCUUGUAGAAUUUAUGGUGCGUGUGGUCGGGCCGCUGUGACAGCUGGAUUACUGCUCCGCUCACCCUUGCUAUCAAAAGGACAACAUGAGUGUUGACUGCCGUUACAGCCUCGUUUUCAUCGUGACAUCCCUGUGUCUGUUGGGGCUAUGGGAGCCGGCUUCAGCAUCAAGUCCCCAUCACACUGGCAGCCGGGGUCCCAUGAUAGUCCUAGAGCCCCCAACCAUCGUUGAGUUUUCGAGCGAGACCGGUGCCGUACUUCCCUGCUCAGCACAAGGUCAACCACAACCCAGCAUUCGCUGGGAGAAAGAGGACGGAAGCCCUGCAUCAACGGUUCCGGGGCUGCGAGAGACACGUUCCGACGGCUCACUCGUGCUUCCGGCGUUCGGCCCUUCCCAGUUCCGGCCGGAACUGCACUCCGCUACUUACCGCUGCGUAGCCUCGAACACCGUGGGGCUCGUGAAGAGCCGUCUGGCGCACGUCCGAGGAGUGGUGCUGGAGACGUUCGUCGCAAGCGUCUACGACGUGUACGUGGUCCGAGGGAACUCGGCAGUCCUCCGCUGUCACGUACCUCCCACCGUCAAGGAUUACGUCAAAGUGACGUCAUGGGUACUCGACGAUGGCGUCACCAUCGGCACACUAGAAGGAACAGGCCUUGACAGCCGCUACCUGAUGCUUCCCACGGGCGAACUCAUUGUGCGGGACGUGGAGAGUGCCGACAGCCAGCGUUCCUACCGGUGCCAAGUGCAGAAUGUGCUCACUGGCCAGAGCCUCCUCAGCACCACCGCUGGAAGGACAAUCAUCACCGAACCCCACAGCCAGUUGCCACCUCGGAUGGUCGAGUAUGGCAGCGUGAUACAAGUGGAGCAGGGCGAGCGUGCAGUGCUGCCUUGCCUGUCAGAGGGACACCCACGUCCGAGGCACUACUGGUCCCGCCUCACGGGCCACGGGGUACCUGUAGCUCUGAAGGCUUCUGAAAGAAUCUCCCUGUUGCCCGAAGGCCCGAUGAUAUUUCACACUGCACGCAUCCAGGACAAUGGGCGGUACUUGUGCGUCGCUAACAACUCGGCCGGCGAGGACAAGGCACAUGUGGAGCUCCUGGUCACUGGGCCGCUGUCGGCGCGCAUCGAACCGGUUGUUCAAGUCGUAGACGUGGGCAGAGGGGCAAACAUGAGCUGUCGCGUCGCUGGGCACCCCGUACAUGGCGUGCUGUGGACUCACAAUGGCCUCCCCAUCUCCGGGAAGCCAACUUCCGGAGUUCCUUCUGGCCGGGUUUCUCUUUUGUCUCGCGACCUCCUUCAUGUGUCUACAGUGGAGCGACAAGAUGGCGGAAUGUACCAGUGUACCGUCUACAAUCACGAAGACUCCGCUCAGGGGUCUUCACAGCUCGUCAUAGGAGAAGACGCGCCCGUUCUGGAGCACGUAUUCUCGGAGCGCCAGGUGCGUCCUGGAGGCAGCGUCUCCCUCAGGUGCUCGGCCUCGGGGAAUCCACUGCCCCAGGUCACGUGGUCCUUGGACGGGACACCCGUUCCAGAGCACUAUCACGUCCGUGUCGGUGACUACGUCAGCGGCGAACGGUUGGUGCACAGUUACGUGAACCUGACCGGCGUACGAGUGGAGGACGGUGGCCUCUACUCUUGCUUGGCCCGCAAUGGGGUUGGCCAGGUAUCUCACGCGGCCAGGCUGAACGUGCUCGGAAGGCCCAUGGUGCGACCCAUGGCCAACGUGACGGCCUUAGCAGGACGCACCAUGCGGCUUCACUGCGCCGUGGCAGGCCAUCCCAUACAGAGCAUUGUUUGGCAAAAAGAUGGCCGAUCGCUACCACAGAACCACCGCCAACACAGCUUCCCCAACGGCAGCCUAGUGGUUUCCGAGGUGCAACGCAGCGUGGACAGUGGUUGGUAUGCGUGCGUCGCCCGGGAUCCUCAAGGAAACACAGCCAGAGGGCAGCUCGCCGUGCACGUUAUGACUCCUCCGCUCGUGAGUCCAUUCAGCUUCCCGGACGACCUCACCGAGGGCAAGAGGGCGGGCGCCGCAUGCAUCAUCUCUGAAGGUGAUCUGCCCAUCACCAUCCAGUGGCUGAAAGACGGACGGCCGUUAGAUCCAGAGUUGGAUGCGUCGGUCGCCAAAGCGAACGACUACACCUCGUUUCUCUCAUUCACGGGAGUGCGCCAGUUGCACACCGGGAAUUACACCUGCGUCGCAUCGAACCCUGCAACAUCGUCUAACUACAGCUCAGAGAUGAUUGUCCGAGUUCCUCCUACGUGGAGGCAGGAGCCAGUAGACAAGGCUGCCGUCAUGGGCCAAGCGGUGAGCUUCGAUUGCCAAGCGGAUGGUUUUCCCGUGCCCGUUAUUCGAUGGAAAAAGGAACACCGUACAGAGAGCGGUCGCGAGUUUUCGGUGAUUAUCAGCAACGCCAAUGUGCAAAUUUUGGAGAACGGCUCACUAAGCAUCCGUGAAGCUGACCGUUUAGACGCCGGGCACUAUAUGUGCCAGGCACUGAAUGGAGUUGGACCUGGCAUAUCCACUGUCAUCAAACUCGACGUGCACGUGGCUGCGCACUUCGAACGCAAGUUUCAUGCCCUCACAGUUCGUCGAGGUGAGCACGUUGCUCUCACUUGCCGCGCCAUCGGUGAGCCUCCAAUCACUGUCACGUGGGCACGAGACAGACACGCAUUCAGCCCUGCCUUGGAGCCGAGGUACGUGGUUGAAGAGAAGCCCGGAGCUGAGGCACUCGAGUACGUGGUGCGCAUCCCGAGUGUGGACCGCAGGGACUCCUCGCUGUUCAGCUGCUACGCAGAGAACGCCUACGGCAAGGACGACACUAACUUCCAGGUCCUCGUCCAGGAACCCCCAGAGAAACCUCGUGGCUUGGAGGCAUCGCAGACGACAAGUCGUUCGGUGACAAUCUCUUGGACAGCGCCCUACUCCGGUAACAGCCCCGUGAACAAGUACCGCUUGGAAUACAAGCACAGAGACGGCACAUGGAAGCGUGACUCGCGCAUGUCGGCGAUCGACCCGACCGAGUCCUCGCACGUGGUUUCUUCACUGCGGCCAAAGACCACCUAUGAGUUUCGGCUGAGGGCAGAAAACCUCAUUGGACUCAGUGGAUUCAGCGACUCGUUGAUGGUUACAACUGAUGAAGAAGCUCCGAGCGGGGCCCCACGCGACAUCAAAGUGACACCUACAGGAUCCAGGAGUCUUCAUAUCGCCUGGAAGCCACCCUUGGACGAGGACUCCAAUGGCCUGGUCCAGGGUUACUACGUCGGAUACCGAGUACGCGAUGCUAAAGAGUCAUUUGCAUACAAGACCCUGGAGAGCUCUCCGGCUUCGUCCUUACAACAGUGCGAGCUGACCGACUUGCGGCGGAACACACGCUACAGCGUCGUUGUCCAGGCAUUCAAUGCGAAAGGCGCUGGACCCGUGUCUGAAGAAGUCCACUCCCAGACACUCGAAAUAGAUCCUCCGACAGCACCGCGCCUAAAGCUGGUUUCAUCGACGUCGUCAUCUGUUCACCUCAGCUGGAAUAUCGAGAGAGAACAGCCAGUCAAUGGUUUCGUGCUCUUCCACAAAGCAGAGCGAACUAUGUCUCUGGACACCCAGCCUGCCGAGGGCGCAGGCGAGUGGUCCGAGGUGCAGACGGGAGCCGAAAGGUCCGCGUAUGCUUAUCGCGGUCUACGCUGUGGCCGCAAAUACGCCUUCUACGCCGUGGCCUUUAACGCCGCAGGGCGAGGACCCCGUAGCAACGUCGUACAUGCCAAGACAGAUGGAUCUGUUCCGAUGGCACCUGAACAGCGUGACCUGAUAGAGUCCAACGUGACAUCGGUGACACUUCAGCUAGGCACCUGGAAGAGUGGCGGCUGUCCGAUCGCAUCUUUCGCCGUGCUCUAUAAGCCGCAACCGCAUAAGGACUGGUCUCCAGUGACGAGCGCCCACUUCGUGCCAGACCACCAGCAGGCAGCCGUGCUGGUCAUACCUGACCUCACGCCUGCCACAUGGUACGACCUUCUAGUCACGGCACAGAACGAUGCGGGAGCUACGGAGGCUGAAUACGUAUUCGCCACGCUCACCCUUUCUGGAGGCACGGUACCACCGCCACAGUGGACGCAAGCUGUGGAUUCGCAGCGUCGCCAGAUCCGCCUUAUUAUUCCUAUAGUGUCCACUUUGCUGGUUCUGGUGCUUGUCUCAGCGAUCGUGUGCUACAUCGUUUCACGUAGACGACUCUCAGCGGUGCCCCGGAGACGUUCAGGAGACUUGGACGAGGCGCAGGAGGUGACAAAGUCUAUCGAUACGGUGCCCAUGAGUGUGUGGGAGAAGCCAAAGCCACAGCAGAACUUCAAGGAUCCUCAGCAACAGGGAGCCAUGGAGAGGGAGCAGUUGUACUACCCGUCCCCUUAUGAUGCCGGAGGGCGCCGCUUGGCGUCUCUGUACGCGCCUGCAGGAUUGCACUCCGGGUGGGCGUCGGCACGCAGUCUGAGUGGCGCAGCGGAAGAGCCAGAAGACGAAAGGAUAGGGCCGCAUCACACUUAUGAUGUCCCUUUCUUGCGUAGUCUGCCGAACUGCCAGCAAGAACUCGAACAGCAGUUGCAGAUAGGCACAGAAGACGAUUUGAUAUCUUCAACCGAGCGCCUUGAUAAACACAUCUAUUCCAAACCAGGCAUACUUUACAUGUCACCAGAGAAGUGCAACAGCCUCCGAAAGUCCCUGCAAACUGGGAGCAUCAUUGAAGGCUACCCUAAUGGAAACGUCUCUUAUGUCUACUCGAGGCCUAAGAAGAAGCAGUGGAGAAAUCACGAUGAAGAACUGCUCUACGCUGACCACAAACUGCGCAAGCUGUCGAGGUACGCCGAGGAGCUGAAACACGCGCAGAUGAGCGCAAAAGAAAGUGGCUUGGAGACCGCUGUAGAGGCUUACGAACUGUCCGAGGCCGAGUGUGACAUGCCCACAAGACGCUUCUCCAUGCAGAGAUAGGAAGGACCGAAUCCCCAAGUGCAUCUAUAGUGUGGCUGCCACUCAUUUAUUUGUGCCUGGUUGAGUGCUGCUCCAAACGAUCGUGAUAGUGUGCGUCAAGAAGAAUGAUCCUUUCUCGUGGCGAACAUGUUGCCAAGCGUGUCAGUGGACUACAACAUAUACGCGUGACUUGCCGUGCGUUAGCCGUGCUUCUACGGUGAGAUAAUGUGAAUGAUUCCAGUUAAUUGAGUGACCAUAAGAAUAUGAUGUGCCAGACGUUUGACUUCGGAAGUGCUGUGUUAAGUUUACCGAUGGCAAAAUUUACCUGCACCUGAAAAAGAUGAAUACAUAAUGUUAACCCGGACAGAAAACAUUUUCUGGUCAUGUGAAAAGCAAUCUAAACCAUUACUGUUAACAAAGCUAAAGUUAUCCUGACGUUCAAUUGCAAUGAAUUUCAAACGCAUAUUGUAUAAUAUAUUUUGUUUGUGUUAUAUGUACUAUUGUAAUAUGUACGUUGUACUAUGUACAACGUUGUUCUCAUUUGCCUUAUCAGGUAUUUUUCAAAAAUAACUAUCCAUGCGUUAAUGGUUUCUCAUGAUCGGUGCAAAACUACUUUUGCGAGGGCAGUAUAAAGAUGGGCUGCAGAUGUGAAUCAGACGUUGUUGCGCUGGAUGUCUUGUGGUAUAGUUAGCUCUCGUGGCAAUACUUAAACACUUUCUUAACGCCCGUUAUUUCUCUACCACUGCUAACCAGCAGCAACUUCUCACGACUUCCAAGUCAUCAAGUUUUGCUUCAAGAAUUGCACUGCGCCUAUAAGAGAAGCUCAUGACAUGCCACAUGCGGCUGUCUAAAUUGUCUUUCACUAUCAGUAUGCAGGAGUAAGGAACAAGGCAACGAACAGUCUCUUCGUAACUUCCUAAGUUUACCGUGUCUCACUUGAAAUAUCAACGUUUGCAUUGCGAAAUGAAAUGUCAUUCAUAUUAAUCACUGGCUUUGCCAACUGAAAAGCCGCAAGCAUACUUUCGCAGGAGCACUUCUAUCACAUUCUGUUGUGUGUACCAGCUUUCACAUCAUGUGUCUUUAUCUUCCUGCGCAAGAGCUUUCGGGCUCUUCCUAAUAAGUCAAAGGAGGAGAUGAACAAACACUCACUGUGUGAUAUGCACAUGUGUUGCGUUUUGAUUAGCGGGAACUACUCAACAGAAGAGUGCGCGUAACAUGCCGCUUACACCCGUGUUUCAAUUUUUAAGAGCAUUGUUGAUGUAAACGCAGAUGUAUUAGAUGUAACAACAAGAACGUUAUAAGUGAGCAUGUAGAGAGAAAAAAAAAGAAACACGUUUGUGUUUUGUACUGUACUAGCCUGUAUAUAUGGGAUCCAUGUGCAUCAACGUUAGAAAGAGAAGCCAUAUGUUCCGUUGUAUACAUAAAACUCCAGAGAAGACAUAUUUUUAAUUCAAUGUUGACAAGAAUAAACCACGUUGA